AUGAUGGCGAUGAUGCUCGAAGUAAGCCUCGCGGCGAGCUGGUCUACUGCACUUCUUGUCCUGCUUGCUUGCUCUGCGCUUCGCUGGCUAUACCAGAGAUGGCAACAGCAGAAAGCUCUAGCGCGUGCGGUCAGCCUUGGCGUGGCUUCAACGCCCCAGACGAAGCCACCCGUCCUUGAGGCGCCGCGAGCGCCAGCAAGUAGCAUCUGCCCAGGUGGUGUAUGCAAGGUCCCCAAGCAGAGAACGACAGAGGACCUGGUAACAUCAGCCCUGGCCCUUCUCCAAAGCCAGAAGCAACGCACUGUAAUACCGCCCUCCUUCCCGCUGCGCUCUGCUUGCUCGUGCUCAUGGCCUUUCCUCAAGGUCGUCUGGAUUGCAGCGGGCUCGUCCCCUCCUGCGCCCGAGCCGUUCCUACCGUGUGCCCUCGUGCGGCGUUCUCACCCAACGCCAACAGAGAACGUCUGGCCGCUUGUGCUGAGGAAGGCAGCAUUGCCACCACAACGUGGCGAGAGGUAG